UUUUAGACUUCUCAAAGAAACUCAUCUGAUCCUGGAUCAUUGCUUCAUGCGCUCUCGCAGGGUAAAUAAGUGAACCCACCUCCAGGAGCAGUUCCACUCCGAUAGCCGUGCAUCCAUAUGAACCCACCUCCAGGAGCAGUUCCACUCCGGUGGCUGUGCAUCCAUAGGUGCGUGUGACCUCUCCCCUGUGACCUCUGAAUCCCAGUCGGCCGUCUACCCCUCCCCUCCCCUCCCUGAGGCCGGACUGUGAUCCAUGGCGCUGGAGAAGCUUCUGGGUUUCGGGAAGCAGUUGCUGAGGGUGAAGGUGGUGGACUGUAACGCAGAGGAUUCGCGUCUGUCCCGAUGCCUGAACACUUUUGACCUGGUAGCCCUGGGCGUGGGCAGCACGCUGGGCGCUGGCGUCUACGUGCUAGCCGGUGCUGUUGCACGAGACAAUUCAGGUCCUGCUAUUGUGCUGUCUUUCCUGAUAGCAGCCUUAGCCUCCGUGCUAGCUGGUCUGUGCUACGCUGAGUUUGGAGCCCGCGUUCCCAAGACAGGCUCAGCUUAUCUUUACUCCUAUGUGACUGUCGGGGAACUCUGGGCCUUCAUCACUGGAUGGAACCUCAUCCUCUCCUACAUCAUUGGCACCUCCAGUGUGGCCCGUGCGUGGAGCGCCACCUUCGACGAGCUGAUAGGGAAGCGUAUAGAGGAGUUCUGCAGAGAGUACACAGCCAUGAACGCACCGGGUGUAUUAGCAGAGUACCCUGACAUGUUUGCGGUGCUCAUCAUAGUCACCCUCACAGGUCUGCUGGCAUUUGGGGUCAAAGAGUCAGCGAUGGUGAACAAGGUUUUUACCUGCAUCAACAUCCUCGUCUUGGUGUUCAUGGUGGUCUCUGGUCUGGUCAAAGGUACUUUGAAGAAUUGGCAGAUAGACCCUGAAGAGAUCCUACAUGCCAAUCACACCAGUAACUCCAGCCUCAAUCUGACAGACAUCCUGCCAGCCAAAGAGAGAUUAGGAGUCGGCGGCUUCAUGCCGUUUGGUUUCACCGGCGUCUUGUCAGGAGCUGCUACCUGCUUCUACGCCUUUGUCGGAUUCGACUGCAUUGCCACCACAGGUGAAGAGGUGAAGAACCCCCAGAGAGCCAUUCCCAUCGGCAUUGUGUCCUCGCUGCUCAUCUGCUUUGUGGCGUACUUUGGCGUCUCUGCCGCCCUCACCCUCAUGAUGCCAUACUACCUGCUGGACAGCAAAAGCCCCCUGCCUGUAGCUUUUAGAUAUGUUGGCUGGGGAGGAGCCAAAUACGCUGUAGCCGUAGGCUCUCUUUGUGCUCUGUCCACCAGUCUCUUGGGUUCCAUGUUUCCCCUACCCCGUAUCAUCUUUGCCAUGGCUCGGGAUGGCCUGCUCUUCUCCUUCCUGGCCCGUGUCAGCGAGAGGAAAUCCCCCAUAACAUCCACUAUGGCCGCCGGGGUUAUGUCUGCUAUCAUGGCCUUUCUGUUCGACCUGAAGGACCUGGUGGACCUGAUGUCAAUAGGGACGCUGCUGGCCUACACAUUAGUGGCCGCCUGUGUGCUGGUGCUCAGGUACCAGCCCGAGCAGCCCAGCCCUGUGUAUCAGAUGGCGAAUACACAGGAGGACGUAGAGCUGAGCGAUGGCAUCAGCACCCCCAGUAUGGGCAUCCUGCCUGGUAUGGAGGAGAGGUUCAGCUUCAAGACCCUCCUGUUCCCAGACAACACUGAGCCAUCAACACUGUCAGGUUUCACGGUCAACAUCUGUGCCUCUGCGAUGGGAGCGUUGAUCCUGGUGUUCAGUAUACUGGCGGUGCAGGGAGGCGCCGCUGUGUGGAACAUCAUAGCCCUCAGUGUCAUCUUCAUGGUGUGUCUCCUCCUCACAUUCAUCAUCUGGAGACAGCCUGAGAGCAAGACAAAGCUGUCCUUCAAGGUUCCACUGCUACCCUUCAUUCCAGUGAUCAGCAUGUUUGUCAAUGUUUUCCUGAUGAUGCAGCUGGACAGAGGCACAUGGAUACGGUUUUCUGUCUGGAUGGUGAUAGGUUUAGUGAUCUACUUCGCCUAUGGCAUUCAUCAUAGCACCGAGGCAGCUAUGGCCCGCUCGUCUCCAGACACAGAGUUGAACGGCUUCAAGCACGACCACGAAUUGGAGGCCAUGUCUCCAGAAAAGGAGGCCUUCCUGCAUUAUGCGAUCAACGCCGGGGAUGAGGAUGAUGGAGAUUUGUAGGAAGCAUUUGAACAUGCUGCAUACAUCUCAUCAGCCCCGACGCCAGUCUGUCUGUGUGUUGUUUGACUGGACAACUCCCAAUCCCUCACUGGCACUACUCCCUUUUUGGGGAAAGUAAUGAUAAAUAACAGACCUCAAAUUCACAAACCUGUGACUUUCCCCCUUAACUACUGGGUAGAACAACAGGAUUUCUCAAGCCAUAAUUGACAUGUUUAUUACUUCAAUUUGUAAUAAGCUUGUCACCCCCUUUCUCUUGGCCUUGAGCUUCUAUUGCUCCUUAUCGCUUGGCUGUCUGAGGGGGGAGACAGGAAACAUGUCGGUGUUGUUUCAGGGAGGGUCAGAGAUAGAGGGAGACCAUAAUAUUUGCUUCUCUUCAUGAUGGGCUGUAGUUACUUCUUUGAAGAGCAUCUGGGUCACAUUGCUGGCAGUAGGACUGUGUGCCAAAAGGUUCAACAGCAGUACAUUUUUUAGUCUUUCUUUCUGUUAAAGGUCCAUUGUGUAGGAUUUAUUGGCAUCUAGUGAUGAGGUUGCAGAUUGCAACCCAGGGAACACCCUUCGCCCCCCCCACCCCCCCCCCACCCCCCACAGUGGCUGCGAAAAACAUGCAACAAAUGAAAGGAGCCAGUGUUUGGUUUGUCCGUUCUGGGCUACUGUAGUACUGUAGAAACAUGGGAAUGCCAUGGACUCAGUGGAAGAGGACUCGCUCCAUCUAUAGACAUUCUAAGAUAACAAAAACUCAACAGUUCUUUAUUUCCAGUGAUUAUACACUGUUGAAAACCUUAUGAUGAAUUUUAUAUUACAUCUUUGUCAAUAGAGCCCCGUAAAUCCUACACACUGGGCCUUUAAAGCACAAUAAUUACUGUAUAUAUCUGCAAAAUUCUGAAAAUCAGGUGACACAGUAUUCCAGUGAUAUUAAAUACAGUUUGGUACCCAUAGAGCGACAUUCUGUUAGAUCUGCCUGCUCUUAUGUAAGUAGUGUUGACAUGCAGCUCCAACAGUCCCCACUGACAAAUGAGAGCUUGCACAUGACACACUUGGCUUGUCAAUGAUAUAAUUACCCCUGUUCACUAGCAGAAAAGGGUGGUUGGGCCAAUGGCUGCACCUCCCUUUGUGGACCAGCAGGGAGCUGUAGCGCACAGUCUCCAUUGACUCCAGCUAGAAGUCCAAAGGAUCACAUUGGUACCAUCUGAGGUACCAUUGUUUUUCUUACUAAAGGGAAAGCCUGGCAUCUGAUUGUGGUUAUAAACUAUAGUGAUUAUGCACACACAGCUCUUUGCAAGAAGCAGCCAAUCACAAGCCUUGGAUCUAGCUGCAAAUUAUGAUGAUGAGAUUCAGAGGAAGUGGUUUGGUCUAAAGCCUACCAGGAUUUUAAAUUGUCAACAGAUAACAGAUAACCUGAUUUUAUAUUAUCUUUACAAUUAUAAUGAUUGUUUUUAAAAUACACUAUUUUGGAUAUUUAAUACCCUUGGUAAAUAUAUGAAAUCUGAUAUGUGAAUCCUAAUACAUGUUGAUCAUCAGGUGAUGGCAUUGACAGUGGCUGGAAGUCUGUUAAUGUCAUGAAACGUUAGAUGACAGUGGGUUUUCACAGUGCUGGCUGCUGUGACUUUUUGCAUCUGUAGCUUGUAACAUUUAGUUUCUCUUUUCAAAAAAUAAUACAGGCCGACUUAUUUUUUUUUCUGAAAAUGUUUAAUUUGGAUGAACUUAUUUGUUCUCAAUUUAUCUUAUGCCUUUUCUCAUGUUUAUUAAUGUCUUUUUAUUACCCACUUCCUAAAACGUGGUCAUUUCCAGCGUGCUUUUCAGAUUACGGAUCUGAUUCAAUUUAAUAUUUACAAUUAAGUAAAAAGCCUACAAAGAAUUUGAUCAGGCAGGCUUUCGCCGCACAUACGUUUAUUUUUCUUCAUUUUUUUGUUUGUCCUAUUUUUUUUUACAUGUUUUUUCAUAAACUUAAGAGCACUGAUUUAUCAUUGCAGCAGACCCAUAGAUAUCAUGGUUUAAUUCCACGUAUUCUUUUUCUUGUCAAAACCUUGGCGCGUGCUUUACCCACAAUGCAACUUGACCGCCGACACUUCAGUCGGAGAUUUUGGUGUGUUAUGCUAGCAGCAGCUAAUGCAGCCUUGAGCCACUAGCAUCAAGCAGACCAGGCUGCAGAAGUCUAGUAGGAGCCUUUCUUCGUAAAUCCACGCCCCCAAGAGUUUUCUGACUUAAGUGAUGUCACUUGAUUCAAUUUUUCAGACUUAGCGCCCCUCACUCUGGGGCUACAUAAGGAUUCAUACAACUUUUUAUGCAGUAGUACUCCCCAAAAUGUUAUGUUUUGUUCAUGUUGUCUUAUAUGAUGUUUCCAUUACUUUCUACCCUGAAGUAAAUUCGCUGUGGUUUUGGGAGUCCUUCACAACAAAGUGGCUGUCUAUAAAUAGAAACAUGUAUAAUCAAGAUUGUGUAUAUAAGGUAUUGUUUAUAUUUCGUGCAGUAAAUUAUUUGUAAAUUGGAGAAAAGGCUUAUUUUAUGUUGCCCUGUUUGUGUCUGACAUUGUGUUCCCUGUAUUGUGUUUACAUGAUCAGUGCAACUGAAACUUUACUCUCAAUUUUGGUAAAAUCAACGCCUUCACCUUAUUUUACCCAUUAAUACCUUAUUAACAAGAGAGUGCAGUAAUAUAACCAGAAAUAUGGGAUAUUGGCAUGACUGUGGCAGAAACAAGUUCCUCUGGGUCAAAGUAGGCUGCCUGUAAUACAGCCUUUCUCUGUAGAAGUGUAAUAAUAAUCUGUAAUAUCACAUUACUACUUCAAGUAUCUGUUUGCCAACCAUGCAUUUUAACAGUGCUUUAAUCACAAACUUGCAGUUUCACAGAUCAAAAGCACAUGGUGCAUCCCAUUUCCCAUAAUUUCAUUUGUUUCAAGGAGGCAUCAAGGAAUCAAUACAAAGGGAUCUGAAUCCAUCUCCUGGCAUAAUUGUACUUGUUAUUCCAUCAUGUCAUGCCAAACCUCGUGUUUACUUCUGAAAUAAAUAUCAUGUAUAUAGACAUACUGCAUAUAAAUAGAUUAAAGGAGCUCCUUUAUUUCCCCUUUGAUGCUGCUUCCGUUGCUUUCCCUUUACAUUACAUGUGUCACAUUAUUCUUUUGAUGUUUCAGGUCCAUAAGCAGCGUUGACGUGCGGCUGUUUCAUAUUUAUGCCAUUUUGCUGUGAUUGCAUCACGUUCUCAGACUUUUUCCUGGUCGUUUGCUCUCAUUGUGUGUACAACUGUGUGUAAAUGCUGAAAAAGCACAAAAGCAGCGUCUGUUUGAGUCUGUCACUCAUCAUCGAAGCUUUCUCAUUUUGUUGUUCGUCACUGUGAUUCAGUUUUCCCCUCACUCACUGCCUCACUGAAGAGGAGCAUUAUUUUUCUUUUUGCUGCAUUUACGCACAGAACUCUUUAAAAUUGUCAGAUAUGUAAUUCUAUCUAAGAAAAAUACUUAUUUCACAUCAAAAGUCACUGUGUGGGAUUUGAAAUGUCUUUACUUUGGCGUCGCCUGUUGGUUGCAUCAGGACUGACCCUUGAAAGCUGAAUGAGAGGCUGAGAAUAACUUUUUCCCCCCUACAUACAUAAACUUGUGCCCAAUCACACAAAAAUCCCACACAUAGUAACUUCCCUCCUAUG